UUCACUCUCCCCUGGAAGCUGCUUGAAAGCUAGGCUUCUUUGCUCUUCAUUGUGUUCUGUACAGCUGUGGUGAUUCAGAUUUGAAUCGGAGGGACUGAAAUCCUACACCGCCAGCUGAUAACUCCUUUUUUCCACAUUCCGAGGCCAACAUGAUUCCAACAACCAUGGACAAUGUGGACUCCCUUGCCGAGGGAGCUUUCGAGAUGGAGUUUGAUGACUGCGGAGAUGGCGAGAUGGUCAGAGUCUGCGCGCUCAUGACACAUGGGCAGACUGAGGUAGAGAUGUCAAGGGCAUACAGGAGGGAGGCUCCAGCAGAGGACGCCUCUGAGCAUCGCGUCGACGAGGGCUUCUCACGUGCUGAGUAUGAGCGUUCGAACCGCAGGGAGGGCAAGAAGGACAAGAAGGAUGUUGAGCUGCUGGACAUCGAGGCCUUUGUUUCACGCGCCCUCCUCCGCAAGGACUCCUCCCCAAAGAGCGUCGCCAACCUUGCCAUGAGCCAGGACGCCUGGAGUGCCUGGCACGCCCUGGCCGGAUGUACACCCGGCAUUGCAUCAUGAAUGACUUUCGUUUGAUUCUU